CACAGACAGACGCUAGAAAAGUGACAGCUAAGCCAAAUUCAUUCUGAGUUUUCAUAAUCGAUCAUUCACGAAAAGUUAGUGCGAUGUGGGGUCGAACAUAUCCUUUGCAUAUUUGUCUUCGCCCUGAAAAUGGUUGAAGGAGUUUGAACCGUACCGCUGAAGUUAGCUAAACAAGACCCAACAAGCCAAGUUAGCAGCUAGCAGCUUUGCAGGGAGCUAACCUGCAUGUCUGCCAGGCGUCAGUCAACAAGCAGCAGCAGCCUCGGAGGAUGCAAGUUGUUCAGGGUAACUUCUUCUACCACUCAAAUUCGAGGUUGGGAACUGAUGGAGGCCUCGCAGAUGAGAGACGACUUUUGGUUGAGGAGCAAAAGUUAUGCAGAACCAGAUCUCGCAAGUUCUCCACAGAAACCAACCGACGAAGAAGGGCUCUGGAGGAGAGGCGGAAGCAGCGGGACGCGCAGGAGCAACGGCUGAUAGAGAACAUCCUGAGGCAACGCAGACAGCGAGUGCAGGACGCAACUGAGCGCUUUCAACGAGCCCAUUUACCUCCCUCACAGAGACGCAGACCAUCUUUCAGAAGAAAUGUCCCACAUAUUGAAGAUGCACUCAAUGAAAUCCAAGGGGCGUUGAGUUCAUACACCCGGCAGUCCUCUUUCCUGUCCAGCAACUCUAACAUUAGCAGAAGCUGCUCUCCCUCCCCUAAGCCCCCCGCAGUGUUUAAAUCCUCCCACCGCCAAGGCCUCUCUGCUGUGGAGGCCUACACCAAACUGCUUCAGGAGCAGAGCAUGACUUGCUUCAAAAACAGCCCACAGACUGAGAAGUCGCCGGAGAAGCAGCAAGAUCACAGUCCUCAGGACAGCCAGCUCUCUGAUAGCUGUAAUUCUGAAAGCAUUUCCAGUAAGGACAGUUUGGAGAAUGAAGACCCCAACCACAGCACAAAGUAUCCGCCAUUCUUCCUUGAAUCAGAGAAGCCCCAUCCAGACCAAAACAAACCAAAGCAUCUGUUACCAAAUUCUGACCUUGCUUCAUUCUCAGCAACAAUGCAUCUUAUUGAUAUUCCAAAAAAAAUCCAUCAACCUAAGAAAAAACAAGAUGCUGACUCCGGAGCGCCGGAUAAUAAGAUGCACUUUUCUAGAUCUUCUUGGGGGUUCACAUCUGAUGAACGAACAUCGAAAACAGAGCCUGCUCUGCACAACUGUAACUUAUUAACUCUUUGUGAAAUGAUUAGUGCCGACCCAGAGCGCUUUAACUCCUCUGUAAACGGUCCCAGUGACAUCAUCCUCUCAAAGAGAGAUGCUCCCAGCAACACGCCACUUGAUCCUUCCUGUCCUAAACAAGAGGCUUUGUUGGAUCUCAGGCAGAAGGAAGUCCAUGAUGACAGACACUUCAAGCCUCCAUCAGCUACAGAAAUGAUCGUGCCCGCCAAAAGUGGUAAUAGCAAAGACUCUUUGUCCGGGGCUCUCCCGAAGCCCAAUAUUUACUUGAACGAUAGCACAACACAAGAUGCCUCGCAAGAAGAGACUCUUCAGCAAACAGGAAAAGAAAGCCAAAAUCUGUCUUCCCAGAAAGAGUGUAGUGCUUCCAUAAACAACCUCAAUAAGGUUUUAAACCAAGAGCCCAAGACUCAGAAGCUCAUGAAAGCAGCAUCUCAGCAAUGCUUGUCCAACAUUAAGUCAGAGACUAAAUGCCUUAAAUGCCCUGAAGUGGAAGUAAAGAAAUGUCCUGUUUCAGUGAGGACGUCUCGGUCAGUUUGUGAGGUCAGAUUCAUUAAAGGAAUCCUUAAGAAGCAGUCUAAGUACAUGUCGGGAGAUGCAGCGUGUGGCUCCGGACAUUUGAUGUUUACAAAACAAGUAGCUCUGGCGAUCAGAGAUAGUGUAGAAUUGAGCCGGUCAAAAACUAAACAUGACGAGGGCAACAACGGCGUGAAAAAGAAGCUCCGUUGGUUUGAUGAGGUCAAUGUGGAAACAGAGGACAAAGAGCAGCACAUAAUGAAACAGAUGAAAGGCAAAUCAAAUCUCCGUCCGUCAAACAACAACUCCGAGGACCACCGGCCAAGCCUCACCGCGGUCUCAGGGGCUUCCAGACCUGGACCCGGGAUGACCCCUGCAGCCUCCACUGGUUAUCACUUUACAAAACAAGCGUGGGCAGAUGUUGGGGUUCAAGUCAGCUUGUCCCAGGACCGAGCGGAGGAGGUCAAGGCGCCGCGGAGCAGCACUAGGACCGAUGGCCCCAGGGUCCCUCGGAGAGAGCGCUCCUCCAGAGCCGGAGCGGGUCCUGUUUCCUCACGGGCCAGAAAGGGCACCGUCAUACGACCUCAAUCUGCCACCGAGGUGAGUCAGAUUGCCAAAACCCAAGGGAAGAUCAUGAUGCCCCGCCCACCUCCGAGGAUGGAGUCAGUGGAGGAGAAGUCGCCGUGCAUCGCUAAGACUCCUUAUGGCACGGAUCAUGCUGGUGUCAACUGUAAACAAGCUGUGGAGCAGGCCCUGCACCAGGACUACCCGGAAGGCUUUUCCCCCCCUUACACACAUGGUGUUAUUAGAGCAGAAAGCUCUGUUGCGUACACACCCUCGUUAACCUACCCCGUCUCAAAGGGCAACACGAAGGGCCCGAUGAACUCCCACGAGGCGCAGGGCUGCAGCAGGAGGAGAGGGAUGGUGUACAAUGAGAAAGGCCUGUGUUUAGAUUGCACUCCCACAGAUGAGGAGAUCUCUCAGCUCUGGCACGGUGUCCGCAGCGCCUUAGCCACCAAGGAAGAAAAGAACAUGCUCCGAAAACAGGCGGCAGACAGCGGGCGAGCUGUGAGGAAGCCCUGCGUGGAGCCAAGCCGAGCGCCUCCUGGCUCAGGGAACAGAAGGCUUCCUCAGCCAAUGAAGGGGACCACAGAGCCUGUUGGACCGUUUUCCUUUACUAAUAACCUGGCCUUUGCAGAUGAAGGUUUGUUGAGUGCAGCCCAGUUACACCUGGCACAUGCUGGACAACUUCUGGCAGAAACAGAUCUUGUGGCUGCCAUGGAAACAACCCAAACACAGAGGCCUGGCACAGUGCAGCCUCGCAGCCGACAGCAGGGACUGAACAACAUUUCUCUGGAGGAGCAAAAAAUCCUCCUCUCUCUGGACAGACUCAACCACCAGCUGUACUGUGUGCGGGAGCAAAUUGGGGGUAAUGCUUGCACGCAUGGCCUCGUACUUCUUGAUGCUCCCUCUACGAGGGAAGGGAGAGUCACGACCCAUCACAAGAAUCGCUCAUCCUCAGCAAACAACCGCUCUCCAAACCAGAAGAAACUCUGACUGACAGCAUGUGUGAUACACAGUGGUCUUCCCUCCCUACAGUGCAUUAUACACUGUCAUUCUGCAUAACCAGACUCGUUAUUGCUCUGUUCAAUAAGUUAAGUCUGAACUAAAAAAAAACUCAAUGCAUGUAUGCCUGCUUGAGUGUUCAGAAUUUAAGGAAUGCAAAGGACUGUAUCAGAGAAAUAAGGCUAAACUGAACUUUUAAGUUAGAGAGAUGCAUUUAGACUUUUAUUUUUCCAUCUUCCAUUGAAAAAUCAUUUGUAUAAAGACAUUGUGUUGAACAGCAUACUAUAAGCAAAGAAUUCGAGGUGCCUUUGAAAAUGAUUGUAGCUUCCAAUUGAUUUUCCUUCACAAAUCAAAAGAAAUCCCUUCCUAUAACUGACACAUGGCUAUAGUUGUCUUCCAAAUAGACCUUGUACUUGAUUAGAUAUUUAGAUUAUUUUCAAAGCUAUUGCAUUCUGUAUUUAUUUUAUAUAUUCAAACUAUAACUUUCUGUGAACUAUUCUGUGCCUGAGAGCGAAUGAAAUAAAGCUUGUUGGGUGCAGUGUGUUCAGCAGUGUUAGUAUUUCAUCAGUGAUGAACGAGGCAGUCCAUAAAUAGCACUGGGGACCGGAAACGGUUUAUAGGGAGAAGUGUCGCAGUGCUGAAGGUGUGUUUGUCUUUCUUUGAUGGCUGUAGAAAGGACGAUUAUAUCUUGUGAAGUAGACUCAACCUACUGGAUAAACAAGGUGAGCCAGAGGCCUUCUGUUCAAGCUGGCACUACCCUGAACUCUUGCUUAAGGUCUUAUUUCAUUAAAUAGCGUCCUUGAAUGAGAGAAAUGCCUGCAGAUCAUAUUUUUGUUAGAUAUUAGUUGCUGGCUACUGCAAUCAAAAGGUUAUUAAUUAAAUGUGUUUCCAUCUCUAUUGCCAACAACUAGAGGGAAAAAGCUCUAGGGAUUAUUGAUGUGAGUUCAGUUGCCCCUCCUUCCCCGGCAUGUCUGGU